AUCUACCGGUUAAGAGCUAGCUUGUGAAAUUGUAACUCAAGCCAUCUAUUAAGAUCUGACGGCUGUGAGAUGAGGGGUCAUGGGAAAGCUAAAUACCUCCCUGCUCUUGUCCGCGCCGAUGUGGCAUUAAUUUAUUAUCUCCGAUCCGAAAUUUCGGUGUCAUUUUGACAUCUUGGCACUGUGCCCGAAAUUUCGGUCAUUCCGUGCAAGCUCUUCCAAAGUUUCAAUUUCACGCUCGUCACCCUCGCUACUUCUCACCUCCAACCAUGUCCACUCUUCGCACUCUCCUCAUCCACCCCAAAACCAGUCAGCAAAACCCUAGAAAUUUCUCCCAACCUACAAGAAAUUUCCCCUCAUGGAACCCCCACGCCCUAGAAAAAUUGGGAAACCCUAGAAAAACCCUAAUUCUCAAGGCCACUGCUAUGUGUCUUCGAAUUUCAAGCCAUGGUCGAACCUGAAGUGAAAAUUUCAGUGUGUGAAUCUCAAAACCCUAGAAGAAGAGAGGAUCUCUAUCAUCUCCAGCUCCAAACCCUGGAAGAGAACGUUCCUAUUUAUCUGCAACUCCAAACCUUAGAAAAACCCUGACAAUGGAGGCCCUAGCAGUGAAUUACCUAACUUUCUGAUGGAUUGCAAUUCUCUGAAUCUCUGGACCAUAGGAGAACCCUUAGACAAGAGUUUCUUAGUGCUAUGCUACUUCAUACCCCUACAGGAAAGGGAAUUGGCGAGUCCGAUGGAGACCAUGGAUCCGUGGAGCUUUAUACUGUGAAAAAUCCAAACUCUGAGAAAUCCAUGUAAAGUAACAGCCUUUCAUACCAUGUUUGCAACUUAACAAUCGCCAUGAACAAAAAAAGCCCUAAACGUACAUAGCUUUAUACUCUGAAGCUCCAGACACUUUAGAAAAUUCCUGCAUAAGAGCAUAUAAAUUCCCUUUCAACUCCAAAGUCUGAACCAUAAAAAUUACCAUGAGCAAGCUCCACACUUUCUCUUCCAAUACCCACCCCCAAUUGCCCCCCUCAAAAACCCUAACCCAUUUUCACCACUGCUUCUCCCUCUCUACUAGAGCACCAGGCCACAGAAUCCUCUGCUCUCAAAACCCCCAACUGCAAACCGAAACCCAAACACUAUCCCUAAGUUCCAUUCUCACAGCGAUUACAGGCUGGGCAGACCAGAUCAAAGAGAGAGGAAUGCGAAAAGAGCGACAUUUAUACACCCACAAUGACUGGAUUCAACAUCGAAGCUCUCUCCGCCAUGUUAGGCACCUUCUCUCGAGCCUUUCAUCGAGAGUAGUUCUCUCUCUAGUUCCACCCGUAUUGUUCUUCACAACUGUGGCUGCCGUUAUAGCUUCAUAUAACACUGCGAUUUUGAUGAACUGGGUCCCGAGCUUUUUCCCUCUUCUUAGGGCUUCUUCAUUGCCAUAUCAACUCACUGCACCAGCAUUGGCCCUUCUUCUGGUUUUUAGGACCGAGGCUUCAUAUUCUCGGUUUGAGGAGGGGAGGAAGGCAUGGGGUACGGUAAUUACUGGGGCUAAUGAGCUUGCGAGGCUUGUUGGGGUUUCAGUGAGAGAACCAGUUGAUAGGAAGAUGAAGAGCGUACUUAUUCGGUAUAUCAUGGCGUUUCCUGUUGCACUCAAGUGCCAUGUUAUUUAUGGCUCUGAUAUCCAUCAGGAUUUGAGGGAUUUGCUUGAUGAAGGUGAUCUAGAAGUUGUUCUAAGCUCGAAGCACCAUCCUCGAUGCAUCAUCGAAUUCAUUUCACAAAGUCUUCAACUGGUUCACUUGGAUGAAGCAAAACGGAAUAUCCUGGUAAAUUUUGGAAAAUCCAUAAAUUUUUGGGAGGUUACUUUUAAGAGUGAGGCAAAUCCGAUUUGUUAUAUGCAAAUUUUAAGUGUUAUUACUUAUUACCAAGUAUCCACUUAUCAUUGCUUGGACUCGGGCGAGUUACAAAAUACUAGGAACUACUUAUCUCUUAGCUUUUUAUAUGUUCGGCCAGAUAUUUACUAUUAUGUUUAUUUUUGGGUAUUGCACCAACAGGUUGGUGUUCUUAUUGAGGAACCGUUCCCUAUGCUCGCACUCAAUAAAUUAUGUGACCAAGCCCAUGAGAGCAUCAGUGAAGUUGCAGCCCUUCAGGAUUCGAUUCUCGACAGACUCAAGGUUAAGGAGAGGCAUUUGAGUGAGCACCCAACAAAUGGUAGGCCUCGUUCUUAA